GAUUCAUAACUCCGAGGCUGUGACUUUUGUUCUUGACUCAACUGACUGGGGACAGAUAGCGAGGCAGGGCCAAUCAGGGCACUAGGUCAUCCUUACAGGUUUACGUGUCACAGAUCACUGUCACAGAAGCGAUCGAUAAUAACUCUGCGUAUUCAAACCCUGCAGUCACACACCACGUUACAACAAUUGGCGACGGGGUAGAGAAAAUUUUGAACCCUGUAAUUGGACGAGAUUCAUCCUAUUUAUUUUGGCCAAUCAGCAUUCAGAUUGAUCGUCAGCGUCCUUGGGAGUCAUUGGUUGUUAAUUGAUUACAGUAUUUCUCAUUACUCUGCUGAUUCAGAAAAUGACUAUCCCCUCAGGUCAAUUGCAGAUACUACUAGAUCGUUACAGAGAGAGCCAGUUGAAAGUUUUGGACUACAUGCGCACGCGACUGCUAAAUCUCCCGUGUUUCGGAGAUGUGAAAGAGGUUGACGAAUUAAUUUCUCACCUGCAUACUGAACUCGAGAAUGACUGCAGGACAUAUGAAGAUGAAAACAAAAGCCUCUAUGAAUCCCUUAUGAUCAGUAAUGCAAAUGAGGCAGUCGCUCAUAACCCGUCUAGCGAUCCGGGAAUGUCCAGUUCAGAAUCAUGCCCUGUUGUGGGUUCAAAUCCCACUAUUCCUGAAACGUGUACAGACAGUGAUGUACCCAGCUCACAGGAAGAUCUCUCAUUAAAUGCUCAUAAAUUAAUUAUAGUGCCCUCUCACAAGGAAACAGGAAACAAAUCGUGCACUAUACUGAGUCUAGCUGCUCCGAACGGUCCUCAUCAGUCAACAACAGGUGACUCUGAUGAAUCUUAUUAUCUGGAUCCUCUUGUACCAGAAAAUGUGUUAGAUGCCACAAAUGAUGAUCAGAAGUUGAAUACAAUUUUGAUAGAUGUUAAUUAUCCCAGUGAUCGACUAUCCACAAAUGAGUUUUUCAAGGAAUUCUAUGGUAAUGUUCCAGAAGAAUCAAAGUGACUUCUCUGUUCCAUGUGACCAUCAUGUGUUAAAUAAAGUCAAAUUAAUUUUAACUUGGAGAGAUGAGGACCCAACAUUAUUUCGUGGGGGAGGAUGAACCCAGAAAAUUUUAAAAUGCAGAUAUGAACUCCGGAUUUUCCGAAAAAGGGGAGGUGUUAGGAUAGUCGGGAAAAAUAGACCAAUAAUUAUCAUGUUAAGUCCAAUGGUGUCCUUGGACCUUAAAUGUACAUUUCCCAUUGGUCGAUGUUUAUUUAACGUGUUAUUUUCCUGUUGGCCAAUAUUGUACAAUGUUAUUUUCUACUUUGUGGUACGAUGUGGUUUGUUUGCUUGGUAUAUAAAUAGUGUAUGUUUGAAAUAUAAUGAUUCAUAACUCCG